AGAUCAUAGAAGUAGACAACGCACACACACACAAAUAGGUUUAUGUAUUUAAAACUGUCGCACCGACUCCGCUCAUCUAUUCUGUCGACGUUUACCGUAUUUGAGGGGACUGUCCUCUCACUCGUACCAUUCUGUGACGUCGUCGACGUCGCUCGUUUAACGCACACACGCGCUGACAUGCACUCCUCCCACGCGAAGCCGCCACGGUCGGGCCGGCGCGCCGGCAACACGUCUCUCCUCGCACGGGUUCUACGCCGCUGCUUCCCGCACUUCUCUCUCCGCCGCGCGGUGCGCUACGGCAACGCACCCGCGCGCCGCUUCUUCAUUUGUGCUCUGUUGCUUCUCAUUGCGUUGCUGCUCGUCCUUCUCGUUGUCUUGUGCGUGCACCUCGUCAUUGCUGAAAACGAAAGAAUUGCCGCGUACCUGCACCUCACCGGCGUCUCCGACGGCUCGCCACCGGAUAAAAAAAUCUUGCUCCUCGAGAGCGCACCGCCGGCGGAGGUGCAAGAGCUGCGUGCGAGCUUGAAGCGCUUCGCGCCGCGCACACGAGGGCCCGUGCCACGCCUGCGGCAGAACCGGUUUCUGACGUCGUACUUCGACCUGGAGGAGCGCGUGCUGCCGCCGCUCACCAAGUCAGCGCUCGAAGCGUGGUUUUCCCACGAGUCCGCAUCUCCAGGCGCGGCGGAAGAUGUUCUGCUUCAGCACGCCUGGGGAAACACCUCCUCCGCCGCUGCGGCACACGACGCGAACGCCGAUCAUGAUCUGUUCCAUCUACUCGCCUUUCUCUACCCACCGCAGCAGCAGCAGGGCUACUACCGCGCCGCUCUGAACGGUAUUAUCGGAUUUGGCCCUCGCGUUGGUGGCACGCGGCGGGAGCCGCUACUGCACCACCUGCUGCACGAAGGCCUUGGACGUGCCCAUUACGACGCGGCGCAGCACCGCUACCGCAACGCGCCGCAUCUUAGCGAGAAGGGAGUUGAAUUGUUGGAGAAAGCGGCGUCGACGUGGCCCUCCGCGCCCGACUUCGCUCCUGCGGCUGCCGCCGGUGCGAAGGAGCAGAACACGCACGAAACAGAUCGCGUUGCCGGCUGGCGCUGGUCGCUUGUGUGGGACAACUUCUCCGCCCCGGUGCCCAUCGCCGUGGAAGGCCAGUUCUUCUCCCCCUCGGUGAAUCUACAAAACUUGGUGUUCCAGUUCCCUGGGGGGUCGCAGUUCCGCCGCAAGAGAGCAGCGCUGGCGCGUCCCGACGACGUCUUUGUCGGCCGCCGCUGCAACCCCCUCGCUGUCGAUCCCGCGCAACGCCAAAAUAUGUUCCCCGCUGAGACGUACUCGCGUAACGAUACCGAGGGCAUGUACGUGCAGGAGUGGUUUAUCGGCCGUGGCGAGCACCCGAUGCUGAGCUUCUAUCAACCCAGCCUGCAUCGCGGGAAACCGGGAACCGUCGUCGAGAUCCACACCCCCGGGCAACCCGUUCCGUUGAAGCCGCCGCUGUCCUUCCCCGUGGCCGAUCCCGUCUCCCGCCAGCCGAUACGGCACGCCGUGUACGCCGCGCACUGGGACUCGAUGCGUAGCGCCACCUUCCGCUUCCUCGGUGCGUGCGACUCGGCGGUGCCGAUGGUGUACCUCCUGCGCACCAUCAAGAACAUCGCCGUUCUGACCGACGUGGCGGAGGCGCUGACGGAGUCCUACAAGGAGGAGCGCGUUGGCGCCGGCGGCGUGGUAGCCGAGGGCGUCGUGGUGCCGGGACUCACCGCCACGUUUCGCAGAUCCACCACCGCAGCGGAGGUGCGCGCGCGGCUGGCACGGCUGCUCUCCCCGGCGCACCACGCGCUUUUGUUUCAGUACUUCUUCGCGCGCUCCUACACUGUAGGCAGCGACAACCACACCACCGGCGCCGCCGGCGCGACGGACAACUACGCACACGAGGUAGAGGUGGACGUGCGGCGGUGGUUGGACUGGGCACAGCACCUGCCUGCGCUGUCCAUCGUGCUCUUCGAUGCGGAGGAGGCGUUCAAGAAGUGGGAAGGCAGCGACCACACCUACGGCUCUCGCCACCUGGCGCAGCAGUGGCGGGCCUUCACGACGGCAACGCAAACACGCUACUCCGGUGGUCCGCAGUCGCUGUUUGACGCUGUCGACCUGUUCGCCCUCUACGACCUCAUGGGGCCGGCAGGUACGAACUUUCCAAACUUUUUCCCCACGCAGAGCGGGAUCUACUACGCCGCGCUCGCGCAGAGGGAGACGGAGAAGCGGCGGCGUGCGUUUCGCGACGCGUCGGCCAUCACGGCGGAGCUGCUGUGGCGGGUGAUGGGCGAGCCGAACGCGGGAGCAGGGGCGGGAGAAAACGCGUCCACGGCCCAGUACUUGCGUCAGCUGGGUACCUCCGUCGACGUCGCCGUUGCCGCCUUGGCGAAGCAGCACGUGACGAAGGUGUUGGCCGCCCCGUCGUCACGCCCAACGCUGGAAAUGCUGCCGCGGCCGUGGCUGAUGUACGGCACCCCGCACGAGAUGCUCACGUUGCACCGCAUUUCCUUGCCCGACUUUCGUGAAGUGCACAGCGGCAUCGGUUCGGUCACAUCCUAUCGGGUGUUCGACAGCGUGAGCGCUGACUUGGUAGCGAAGGCGGACUUCGACGUCUCUGAGUACUUGCGGACGACGAACGAGAACAUUUUCUUCGAAGCGACGCGCGCCACGCAACUGCGCCGCCUUAGCGCCGAUCCCGUGCUGGAGGACGACCACCUGCACUGGCUCGACACACAACGUGUUCUGCAUCUCAUCCCUUCUCCGUUCCCCCAGUCCUGGCAUACGCAGAGCGACGACGGGCAGGACAUUCAUGAUGGCACCACGGUGGACCUCGCGAACGUGCUGUGGUCCACUGUCCUGGAGUUGGGACACUACUGGACCGGAGCGGAGGACGUUGCGAAAGCGGAGGUGCUGUCAGACAAAUAA